AUGCCCAAGACCACCGACAAUCCUCCAAAUCCAGCCAAACGCGAUCGAACAGUGCCACCCGGCGUCCUAGACCCCGCCCGCCGCACGAUCAUCAACAAAAACACCGGCGAGAUCGUCACCUGGAAUAAAUAUGGAUACGAGACCGCCGGUGAGGCAGGCAUGGCCACCGCCACCUGCCUCCCUGGCGGCGGGCCCCCUCUGCACUACCACACGUCGUACAGCGAGCGGUUUCAACCUGUCGACGGAGAGCUGGGUGUGAUAUUGGGCGACAGCGGGCCAAGACACCUGAUGCCCGGUGAGGGCGCCGACGUGCCCAUCGGAGUGCCACAUCGCUUUUUCAAUGACUCUGACAAAGAGGUCGUAUUUAAAGCUUGGGUGUUGCCCGCCCACGCCGGGUUCGAGCAGAGUUUGUACAUCAUGUUCGGGCUCAACAGCGACGGGCUGGCCGAUCCAGAAACCGGCAUGCCGUAUAGUAUCUUGCAUACUGCCGUGGUCGCCGACUUGGGAGACAUGAGAUUUCCGGGUUUCAAGGGAGGAGUCGUCAAUUACUUCAUCAGAGUAUUGGCGGCGUAUGCCAGGUGGAGCGGCAUCGAAGAAGAGUUGUUGACAAAGUACUGGGACUAG